AUGAUUUAUAUUAAUUUUACUGUUAUACUUAAUUUAAGAUUUCUAUAUUUUAAGAAAAUUUGGGUUCCUACACGUAUGAAUAAAAUAAAUAAAGUUCAUGAAUCAGUUUUACCAUCAGAUGGUAUUCUUAUACUUUCUAUCUUUGAAAUAACCCGAAUUAUAAAUAUAAAUUAUUUUAUACGCUAA